UCGCCGUGGUUUCGGUUGAGAAUUCUUGGCAGCGUCUCGCUUGGUGAACAGGCAGCAGACUGUCGGGCAACGGCUGUUUCCACAAUGUCUGGAGGAUUAUUUUAACGGAGCUGGAAGUGAGCGGAAACCCUGGAGCAGCGAAAGAGUAAAAAACCGGGCCGCCUCUGCAUGCACAGUGACGUCAGACGUCACCACAAGCUUCGCCUGCACAGCUGAGGGCAGAAAAGAUCUGCAUCAGACAUCAUCCAAGAAGAAGCACAAGAAGAAGAAGAGGAGGACAGCCUGGUUCCAGAUUGGAUGGACCAGUGAAGUCUUCCCCACCCUCCCUGUUAAAAGCAAUGUUUUUGGGAGCUGGAGGUCGUAACACCAUCAGCAGAGUGCGUGUGGGGCCCCUCCGCUCCCUCUUCCCCAGCACCCCUCCCGAUAUGGGAUGCCAGCCCCCUGCCCCCCUGCCCUGAGCUCUCCUGGGGUGUCAUGAAUAGCUACAGAGACAGAGGGGUAACUUGCACCUCCUCAGACCUCCUCGAUGGAGGCGGAGGAGGGUUGCCCCAGCACACUCCAUUUCGUCACACCCCUAAUGGGCACCCGGCACUAGGUCCCUCUGACCCGGCCGUCCAACCACGCAUCUCUGUGCCCAAAAUGGGUGUCCGUGCACGGAUCGCAGAAUGGCCUCCACGCCGUGCUCAGUCCCGGGAGUCGCUGCUCGAGAAUGGACAGAUUGGCGGCAAUCACUACGGCGAUGACAGUUCAGUUUUAUCAGUUUUGUCUGACUUCAGGCUGGUGCGGGGAGGAGUCGCCAGGUUGCCCCGGCGGAGGUCCAAGGAUGUAGUGGGAGAGUUUGGCGGUGAGAGAAGUUCUCCUUUCAGCCUCAGAGUGUUCCCACCUUUGAGAAAGCGCUCCAACAGUGAAGUGACGCUGAGCGAACAAGAUGAAAAUGAGGUGGAGGCUCGAGGAGAUGGCGGAUUGGGGAACCGGUUCCGGGAAUACGGUAGCACCUCCUCCAUCGACAUCCAAGGCAUCCCUGACCAGAGCUUCUUUGACAUGAUCAGCCAGUUCCGCCAGGAGAGGCCUGACCAGCGCAGCUCUGCACCCAUACAACUCGGCGAGCUGCUGCGUGCUCCAGACUCGCCACCCGGACCUCUCCCCUCAGCACCCUCACCUGGUCCCACAGGUGUGGAAGACAGAGAGACAGGAAGGAAAGACGGCACUGAGAGAGUGAGAAAGAAAAGUGGAGGGACAGAGUCGUCGCUGGGCACCUCCUCUUUGUUUCGGAAACUUCGGAGCUCCAAUAGAGGGGAGCUGGAUGGAGGGAAAGGAGAGACUGUUGAGGACAGGGGAACGCGAGGUGCCAUCAAUUCCUCCUACAAAUCGUGGGUGUGUCCAAAAAGCUUUGUCCACUUUGACGCUCAGAGCAUCCUGUUUGACCUCCACGAGGCAGCGGCUCAGCGUGGCUUUGUCACGCAGAGGAGAAACACGGCCACGGGAGCAUCAGCUGCCUCAGUGUCUCUGUCAGUCUCCAGAUCCUCAGCGAGUGUAAACGACCCCAUUUACUCCAGCAUCGAGGAUCUGACUCUGAGUCUCGACCAGGGCUCCACUACACCCUCACUGGGUGUGGACCCUCUAGAUGGCACUGGAGCCCAGAGCUCCAGUCCACUUCUCCUCUCCUGCCCACACUUCCUUAAUGAAACCGGGGGCCACGGAGAGCGCAACAUCAGCUUCCUCAGCUCGUCAUUAGAACGAGGAGGAGAUGGAGGAGGAGGGGACGGGGGGAGGGGAUGGCUGAGGAAGAGUAACGCCAGCGUGUCAGUGGUGGAGGUGGCCACUGAAGAGCAGGCUACGAGACUGGAAAGACUGAAACUGUACAGCAUAGAGCAUGUAGACCUGGGAGCUAGGUACUACAGAGACUACUUCCAUGGAAAAGAGCACUCAAACUACUUCGGGACAGACGAUAAGCUGGGCCCUGUGGCCUUGAGCAUCCGCAGAGAGAAACUGGAAGACACCAAAGACCUGAAAGACCAGUACCAGUACCGACUCAUCGUCAGGACGAGCGAGCUGGUGACGCUGCGCGGCUCCAUUUUAGAAGAUGCAGUGGCGUCUACGGGGAAGCAUGGCACCGUUCGGGGUCUGCCACUCAAAGAGGUCCUGGAACAGGUCGUCCCCGAACUCAACGUGUCCUGUCUGAGACUGGCGCUCAGCACGGCCAAAGUCACAGAGCAGCUCCUUAAACUGGAUGAACAGGGGUUAAGUCAGAAGCACAAGGUGGGUGUUCUGCUGUGCCGUGCAGGGCAGAGCACAGAGGAGGAGAUGUACAACAACGAGGAGGCGUCGCCCGCCUUCUCUGCCUUCCUGGAGCUGCUCGGGGAGCAGGUGCUUCUCAAAGGAUUCACCAAAUACGCUGCACAGCUCGACACCAAGACGGACUCUACGGGCACCCACUCCCUGUACACCACCUACCAGGGCUAUGAGAUAAUGUUCCACGUGUCCACCAUGCUGCCGUACAUGCCCAGCAACCCACAGCAGCUCCUGAGAAAGAGGCACAUAGGGAACGAUAUUGUCACCAUCAUCUUUCAGGAGCCUGGAGCGCUGUCCUUCACCCCACAAAAUAUUCGUUCACACUUCCAGCACGUUUUUGUUAUUGUUCGUGUUCACAACCCCUGCUCUGAAAACACCUAUUACAGUGUUGCCGUGACGCGAAUGAAGGAUGUGCCCCCCUUUGGACCACCCAUCCCCAGCGGCGUCACCUUCCGGGACCCAGAGACCUUUCGUAACUUCCUUCUCGCCAAAGUCAUCAACGCAGAAAACGCAGCACACAAGUCUGAGAAGUUCCACACCAUGGCGACGCGAACGCGGCAGGAGUACCUGCGCGACCUGGCCGAGAACUAUGUCAGCAGCACGCCGCUGGAUUCGGCCGGCAAAUUAAACAACCUCAUCUCCCUCGCAUCUAAGAAACGGGAGCGCAUGAAGGCGAGAGAGGGAGCGGAGCUGGGUGCUGCCGGGGCGGUCGCCUGGAGAGUCCAGGCCCAGGACUUUAGCGGAGGCGGGGGAGCAGAACUCCCCUGUGCCUUGGGUGUGUCGGCUGAAUACAUCGUCCUCAUAGACUGCUCCACCAAAGAGGUGGUGUUCAACUGUUUCUGUGCAGACGUGAUCGGCUGGACGCCGGAGCGGCUGGCGCUGAAGAUCUUCUACGGCAGAGGAGACCACAUUGCAGUUCGAGUGCCAGAGGGAGGUGCACAGGACAUCAGGGAGAUGGUGCAGAGGUUAAAGUUGUUGACGGUGGGAUGUGAAACUGUGGAUAUGACACUAAGAAGAAAUGGACUGGGACAGCUGGGCUUCCACGUUCGCUUGGAUGGCACCGUAGCCGAGGUGGAGGAGUACGGCUUCGCCUGGCAGGCAGGCCUGAGGCAGGGUAGCCGGUUAGUGGAGAUCUGUAAGGUGGCCGCAGUGACGCUGACGCACGAGCAGAUGAUUGACCUGCUGAGGACAUCGGUCACAGUCAAAGUUGUCAUCAUUCCUCCAUAUGAAGAAGGCGGGCCUCGCAGGGGCUGCACCGAGGAGUACGAGAUGAAGACCAUGGAGCAGAAACCAGAACCUGAGCCUCUGGCAGCAGGAUACCGACCCUCUCCCCGCCAGACCUGGCGAUGGGAGAACUCACCUGUUCCUCAAGGGCUCCACCCCACUAGCAUGCAGCGCUGGGCCCCCAUCGGCCCCCCACCUCCUCCACUAGUACGCUCACACAAGCCCCUGAUGCCAGUUCCCUACAGAGAGCCUCAGCACCUCAGCUCCAAGAGGCCGGUCAGCUACCCAGAGAACCACUACAGCCUGUCUCCUGCAGGAGGCGACAGGCCCUACAGAAACCCCUCAGCCAGCUUCUCCUCUCCUCCCUCCGGCCUGGUCAGUCUCACCACGAUGGGACCACCUGGAAUCUCACCAGGCCCCUUUGUGCGCUACAAACCUUCACCCGACAGAUUUGGAACAGGACAGCGCCCCCUGCUGCCGUAUGAUCCUCACCUCGGUGUGGACCUCCUCUCCAGUGGUGAAUCUUCGUCAGGCUUUACCAGUCAGGAGAGUACCAUGGAGCGCAGCAAAACAGAGCCUCUCUGGCAUGUCCCAGCGUCUCGAGGACCAGGUGGUGGAGGGGGGCAGAGGAGGAUGCCCAGACAGGAUGUCCCGGGGAAAGACUCUCCAAACAGACACUCGAAGGGUGAGACUCAGUACUCCAGUCACUCCAGCAGCAACACGCUGUCCAGUAACGCCUCGAGCAGCCACAGCGACGAGCGCUGGUUCGACGGAGGCGCACCUGGAGAGCGAGGAGGCGUGGGUUGCCUCGGUGAGCCGGCCGAUCCUGACCCCGACCUCCUUAACAAGGGCGGGUCCAACGAUAGCGGCAUCGACGCCUCGACCCACUACGGAAACGGUCGCCACAGCAACAUGUCCAACAGCCAGCCCCACAAGGCCAUGCACAGCUCUGCGACCUACAGUGGCAUCCCGGAGCUGUCGGUGGGAAGGAGCGGCGGCAGCGGGGGGGAGGCUAAGAGACGAGAGUCUUCGCCCAUUAUACCAGCUGCGGCCAAUCAGAACAAAGGGUACAGGACGAGGACGUUCCCUCCUCCUGGCUCCAGCGCUGAUAAAAUGGAUGCUUUCAAGCCCAGGGCCUACACACCGCAGGGUUACAAAACUCCAGUGGAGAAACCACGGCCUGUCCGAGCCUCUACCGCAACACCCACUUCAGCUCAGCUAAGCUCCACCCCUCUGUCCAGCUCCGCCCCCAAGUCAUCAUAUGGCAAGAGCACACCAAGCGGUUGGCAUGCAGAAGACUCCAACCCCUCUCCUUCAAACUCAACCACAGCAUCGAGCUCUGACAGCAGCAACAGCAAGAAGCAGGUGGACACAAAUUCAAAGAACGUGUUUGGACAACCUCGCCUGCGAGCGUCACUGAGGGACCUGCGCUCGCCACGACGGACGUACAAGAGCAGCAUCGAGGACGACCUGAAGAAACUGAUCAUCAUGGACAACCCGGGGGAGACGCCGCAGAGAGACCCUUCUCCUAGACGCACCCUGCAGCGCACCUUUUCUGACGAGUCGCUGUGCAGCGGGCGCAGGGACGCCGGCUUCGCCAGCUCUGAGAACCAGACGGCUCCCAGUGACGUGCUGUUCACCUGCACGCUGCCCACACGCAAACACGCCGGCUCCUCCAACCACAUGCAGAGCAAGAAGGUGCCGCUCUCUGCAUCCGAGCUCUCUCUGACCGAAGUGAGAGACAAGCUCCCCCCUCUGAGGAGGCUCGACCCCGGCAUGAUGCCCCUCCCCGACACAGCCAGCGGACUCGAGUGGUCCAGCCUGGUCAACGCUGCUAAGGCGUACGAAGCACAAAGAGCAGGUUCCCUGUUCUCGCUGACUGACCCGCAGCUCGGAAGUCCAGACACGAGACCGGCCGCUAGUCCAGUCCAGUUUCAGACUCCUCAGACGCCACGGACCACGCCCACACUCAGCAGCGAUGAGGUGCCCAACGAUCUGUCCGGUCGGCUCUACCACCUGGAAGUGAUGCUGAAGCAGCUGAACAAUGACCUGGAGAAAGAGAAGCAAGAUAAGGUCAUCUUACUUGCAGAGAUGGCCAACCUGAGAGAGAACAACCAGCGGCUGCAGGUGGAGAGCCAGACCGCCAGCGAGCAGCUGCGCAAGUUCAGCGUGCUUCUGACCAAUCUCAAUAAGCCGGGCAGCGACCACGAGGCUCACUCCUUAGCCGAUUCACAGAGGGAGUGACCGACAGCCAAGGAAGAGAGUGAGGUUCAGGCCAGAGGGAGGGGCUUUCAGUUCCCAUGAUUCCUUGCACUCACAGGGGCGGCAGAUGUCACACUCAGCUUCCACUGGGCUGCCUUAAACCAGAGAGAAAAAGAAGAUCUGGAUUUUUUUAAACCCUUCCAGUAGAGAACCUCCCUCUCUACACGCUCCCUGCUCUGAGCCUGUUUAUUUUUCUAACUGACGUCUGAAUAUUUGUCACACGGUGUAAAUACAUCUGCUACUAUGCCGGAGGAGCGAGCAGGAGUGGAGAUCCUGACUGUUUUAGAGAACACUACAUCACCUGGAGAGGCCUAAUACUGUUCCUGCAGCCAAUCAGCCAAAAAAAUAAAUAAAUAAAUAAGACUGCAUCUCCCAGAAUGCACUAGAAGAGAGGAAGCGCUACAGACGUGGUACUGUAGAUAGAUGCCUGUGUGGUACAAUUCUCAUAUAUCAAUAUUAUCGACAAUGUACUGAUAUUGUAUAAGAGACGUACUAAAGGUGUGUGUGUGUGUUUUUGUGUGUGUGUGAGAUUGAUGGUACAAAAGUGAGAAGCAUUACAGCACAGCAUUGUUUGUGCUGGGGAUGUAUUUUAUUCCUCGCGUGUGUGUGUGUGUGUGGACAGCGGAGUGAUGAACAAACCUGUUUACUGUAAUCUGAAUCCUGUGGGCCUCGCCGCUGUUUUCCUGCCCUCCGUUUACACGGGUGACCCGCGGCGGCCCACGGCUGUGAAUCAAGCCAUCAGUGUGCCGAGAGCAAACGGUCGCAGAGCUCGCCAGCGCGGCGUCGUCAUAUCUCCCACACAGAGCAGCGUCCUCAGCAGUGCCCGAUCAUCUCAGACCUGAAUGAACUGAUGGUUGCUUUAACCUUAAGCGGGUCCUUUGUUUGGUUUUAGUUGCAGAAUUUUGAGAGUUACACUUACCUGCUUUCUGGUGAAGAGCUUAUUCUGAAGUAAUGUGGUUGGCGUAGCCCCACAUGAGCCCAGUUUUGACCAUAUUAUUGUUUACGUUUUGGGGAAUAAAGCAUGGCGGAUAAACUUUCAUUUUUACCUUUUUUAUUGGACGUACCAACUGCUGUAGCUGGAUUACUGAAAAACUGGAGAAAUGUUUAAAAAUCAGCCAACUUCUUGCUCCUGGUAGCUCUCAGAAGAGCUGGUAGUUAUGAGGUGAUUCGAUGGCUCACACACGUCAUGUUAUUUUUGCUUUUGUGAAAUCAAAUUGCUUCCAUCACGUCGCUGUAACCUCUAACCGACGUCCUUUAACAAACCUUGUGUUGUUUAUGAUUUAGUGUGUCAGGCAGCAGAGCGACCCGGUUGUUGUUGUUUUUGUGUUUUAAGACGUCACAAACUGAACUGGAGUGCAUAAAGCAUGUGCAACAGCCUCACCAAGAAAGUAAAUAAGUGUAUUUUCUCAAAGUGUUCUCAAGUCUGCAUGUAUUUGUGAUCCAGUGAAGCUCCGUCUCCGGCUGAGCGCGCUCACAGGAAACAUGUACUGUACCUGAAAGUCCGUCACAUCAGGACAGAUGUGCUUGUUUGAGAGGACUUUUCUUGUGUUUUAUACUGCGAAAGUGCUCUCAAUGAUACUGUGUACUGUAUUUUUCAUACAGAAACAUGUUUUUGAAUGCUGGCAGUGAAUGGACAGUACACCCCAACCCUCUCGCCCCUCCACCCUGCUAAAACUGUACUGCACUCUCAUCUCUCUGAUAAAACAGGAGGUUUCUCUUUAACUGGAUCUGUUUAAAGUUUCCACUCAGGUUCCUCAGGAUGCUGUUAACGACACUCGACCGUUGGGUGGGGGGUGGGUGAUGAUGACAGACGUCACCCUGCUGUCUGCACCGUUGUCCCUUUAAAUGUUUUUGGGCAGCAGGAUGUUUCAAAUUGCUGGAAGAGCCAAAAAAAACUUUUUUUUUUGUCACUGACCCCAGAGGAUAACUACCGCCUUCUUCCCCCCCGCUCCACUCUCUCUCUCUCUCUCUCUGCAGCACCCGCUUUAAACCCACUGCCUCCUUCUCUGGGUUGUUGUCAUCCCAGUUUUUUCUUUGUCUUUUUUGUCUUUAAGCAGCUUCAGUCGGGUUCCUGUUAGCAGGAUGUCCUCCAUCCACACAGCUCUGCAGGUGUAGCUGUGAUUUUAGUGUCUUCAAGUCUUAAUCUUUAGUUUGCUGAUGUAAAAGGGGCAAGGUUGUUUUUUUACAUAUAUAUAAAUCUUGUUAUGUAUAAUUUUAAGCUAUUUAAAGCAUACACAAGGACCCCUAUUGAACAAAUCCAAUAAUGCAUUAUUACUGGUAAUAUUGUGACUAGUUAUUUCCUUUUUGUUUUGUGUUGUUGUUAAUAUUUUUAUAAUUUAUUUUUGACAUGUUGGCCACUGUUGCAGACAAUAGUGAAGAUGAGAGGGUACUGCGUUUUCUCUUCAAUUCCUCCUUCCUUUCCUUUUUCCUCAAGCCUCAUUGUUCCUCUUUCCAUCGAUGUUUCCUGCAUUCAGCGGGAAUAACUGAAGCAAGGGUUUGGUUUUCUUUGGGUUGUAAUAACAUGUACAUUUUAAAAGUGUAAAUUAUGUUUUCAUUAUUUUAUAAAAAAAAAAUAUAUUAAAAAUAAGU